UCCCACCACAAUCACGAUCCUGCCGUCCAACAAAUCCAAAUACCCAAAUGAAAGCAACUGAACGGCCAUGAUCAAAUCCUCAGUAAUCCAAAAAUGGACAUGCCCACACCUAAACCUACCGCCAAUUAUCAGAUCAUCGCAGCACAACUCAUUCGAUUCGAUUUCAUUGGGUUUUGGUGGAUGAUGACGAAGAGGAAAAGCCAGAGGAUUGGGAAGAAGGAGAGGAGCAAGUUCACGAUGAAGAAGGGUACUCUUUCAACCACUUCCCAUCUUCAGCUUCAGCUAGGUCAAGUUUCUCUCUUUCCACUCCUUCAUCCUCCAUCUUCUUCUUCUGCUUCCGCUCCUUCUUCCCGCUUCCAGAGCCUUCUAGAUGCUGAAUCUCACCGCCCAAACCCUCCCGCGGUCAACGAUAACAACAACGCCUCCGACGACAGAGACUGUAUUCUUAGCCAGGACUUCUUUUGCACUCCGGAUUAUAUUACGCCGGAUAAUCAGAAUUUCAACGGCUUGGAUUUCAAUAUGGAGAAUACCCCUUGCCCUAAAUCACCGGAGAAGCUCAACACUACAAAAAGCAAGAGGUGCCGAUUGGAUGCUAUCUCAGUUAAUCCUCUCAGCCCAAACUUUUCUGGUGACCAUCAACAAGUUGUUGAACUUGGAAAGGACUCUGUUGGGGAGGAAGUAGCUGCUGAGAAAACAGUAGCAGCUGAUAAACCAAAGGCCCAAAAUUAUGUGUCACAUUCUGCAGUUGCAUUGCGCUGCAGGGUUAUGCCUCCUCCCUGCAUCCAGAAUCCAUAUUUGAAAGAUGUUUCACAAAAGGAGACAGACCCCUUUGGAAACCAAAGGAUAAAAUGUGCAGGUCUCUUCCCUGGAAUAACUGGUGAUGAUGGUCUUUCACGCUAUCGCACUGAUUUUCAUGAGAUUGAGCAAAUUGGUAGAGGGCACUUUAGUAGUGUUUUCAAAGUAUUAAAACGAAUAGAUGGGUGCCUUUAUGCUGUGAAACGCAGUGCCAGACAGUUACGACUGGAAACAGAAAGGAGAAAAGCUUUGAUGGAAGUUCAAGCAUUGGCUGCAUUAGGUUCUCAUGCAAACAUAGUGGGAUACUACUCUUCAUGGUUUGAAAAUGAACAGCUGUAUAUUCAGAUGGAGCUUUGUGAUCACAGCUUAUCCAUAAACAAAUGCUCUUCAUCAUUUACAGAAGGACAAGUGUUAGAGGCUCUAUAUCAGAUUGCCAAUGCACUGCGGUUUAUACACGAGAAGGGAAUAGCUCAUUUAGAUGUCAAGCCUGAUAAUAUUUAUGUCAAAAAUGGUGUAUAUAAACUUGGUGAUUUUGGAUGUGCAACUCUCCUUGACAAUAGCCUCCUGGUUGAGGAGGGAGAUGCACGUUAUAUGCCUCAGGAAAUCCUCAAUGAUAAUUAUGAUCACCUUGACAAAGUUGAUAUCUUUUCUUUGGGAGCUUCUGUGUACGAGUUCAUUCGGCGAUUGCCUUUGCCAGAAUCAGGAUGCCAAUUUUUUAAUCUUAAAGAGGGAAAGCUACCACUUUUGCCUGGCCACUCAUUGCAAUUCCAAAACUUGCUCAAGGCCAUGAUGGACCCUGAUCCAGUUAAGCGUCCUUCUGCUCGGGAGUUGAUAGAGAAUCCAAUUUUCGACAAGGUCAUUAGAACAGCCAAAAUUUGAUAACUCAGGGUACGUGCUUUUUGAUAUUUUGUUUUGGGGCUGGAUUAUCGUACAUGCAAUGCCGGUCUUCAUUAUAUUCAUGACAAAAAAGCACCACAUUUUCCUCCAUUGUGGUGUAUUGUAAAUGCAAGGUCCGAAAGGGAAUUGUUGUAUAUUUUGUAAUGAACUAAAGAAUAUUCAAAUGGCAAUUGGCAAAGAAGCCCUCUUGAAUCCCAA